AAGAUUUACAUCUUUAGCCAUUAGUAGCUCCUUUUGCAGAUAGAAUUGCUUUUCUAUAUUGGGCUGUGGUUGAUAUUCAGAGCUGCGCCGCAUUAUGCUGUGACAAAGCUAGUCCUAUUUGCCCGCUGCGCUCUCAGUGAUGAUCGGGUUAGACCACCACGAACAACCGCGUUUUGGAUAAUAGUGAAUAUAUGUAUCUGCAACCACGCUCAUGCUGCAAAGGCGCUAUCAGAGCCUCUCUAUCUGUGGUGUGAGUUUUCAGAGCCCCCAGGGCGCCUACUGAUAACGUUUGAUUUAGCUGUUGGACCUGCUCUGCGAGGAAGCCUUAUUGAUUGCAACCUAGCGUGAUCUCCAUAAAGAAGAACCUCCUCCUGCUCUGGUUUCAUCAUGACAGCUGGUGAGACAGCUGCAAUAUUCUUCAAAUAUGCUUCUAUUUCUGUGGCGGCCGUUGUUGGUCUGUACGCCGUCCUCCUGGGUUUGUUGACCACAUCCACCUUUCAGUCUCAUGUGGUCUACCUCCACGCUAUCCAGAUGACCUGGUUCAAAGACCUCGAUGUACCUGAAAAUUGGGGCUUCCUUCGGAACCAGGUCACUCCGUUUUAUAUCACCACGCCUGAUGGGGAAAGAUUGUAUUCCUGGCUAAUUCUUCCGAUCGAGCUGUACCGAAAACAUGAGUUGCCGUUGGUGACUGAACCCACCGGUCUCAGUCCUGAUAUCACAUCUCGCUAUGCAUUCCAGCUACUACGUGAUGACCCGGAAGCGCGCCUUAUUCUGCAUUUCCAUGGUGCAGGUGGCACAGUAGCGUCGGGUUACCGCGUUCCCAACUACCGCGCAUUGUCUGCUGGCCAUCCAGCCAAAAUAUUCGUUCUGACCUUUGACUACCGCGGUUUUGGGCGCAGUACUGGUACUCCCUCGGAGCAAGGCUUGCUGGUCGAUGCACGAGCAGUGAUCGAUUGGGCCCAGAAUGUUGCAGGCAUACCUCAGUCGCGCAUACUCAUCUUUGGGCAAUCAAUGGGCACCGCGGUGACCGUCGCUGUAUCGCAACAACUCGCAGCACAAUCUCCACCAGUAGUCUUCGCGGGCACUAUUCUAGUGGCCCCCUUCGUGGACGUACCAACACUCGUCGCGACCUACCGUGUUGCUGGAAUCAUCCCGAUUCUCUCGCCGCUGGCCCGAUUUCCGCUCGUCUUUAACUAUCUUCGACGCUUCAUCCGAGAUCAAUGGCCAAGCAAGGACCGUAUCGCACAAUAUGUACGUUCCAACGAGGCAAACGGUCAGCCAUAUUGGCUCACCAUCAUCCAUGCGGAGGAUGACUACGACAUUCCCUGGCAUCACACCGAAGUUAUGUUCUGGAACGCUGUGAACGCAAGUGCCCUACCCAUGGGAAUUAGCUACGACGAGCUCGCGGUGCGGAAACAGGAGUCUCAAGUUGACCUAGGCGCAGCAGGGUCUGUUAUGGAGUGGCGGGCUCGUUUUGGCAUUAUCCGCGAGGAGAUCCUCAAAACCGGUCUUCACGACGUGGUUAUGGGUUACCCUGUCAUUACUAUGGCAGUGAUGCGUGCGUUCGAGUCUACUGACCCGGAAUUUACGAGUUGGUCAUGAACGGAAUGAAAUGAUAUUUCUGUCUAAUCUUUCUGGGCUGAAGGUUAAUUGCUUAUUUUUAGCUUUUCUAGAUAUUGUGGCAGAAAUAGCAUCCGCAUAAUGUCUUUGGAUAUAAUGGAAGACGAUAUAGUCCUGAUUUGGAGUAUCUAAAUAACCUACCGUUGCUUGAUUUAUCCAUGAUGCACUUAACGGUACAGACAGGAAUCUAAAUCGGAG